GGAGGGUCACAGACCGGCUGACUCGGUCUGUAUAUAAACACAGCUGACCAACAUCAGAGCACAACCGCUGAGGAUCAACGAUUAUCGGAUAUCUGAAGCUAGAAGGGCAUUUUUAUUAUUAUUAUUAUUAUUAUUAGAAAUCCAUUGCAAGGUAAACCAGUUUAAUAAUGGAUAUACACAUCAAAAUGCUGAACGGGACGACCCGCACGCUGAAAGUAAACCCGCAGGACACGGUGGGCUCUCUGAAGAUGCGCAUCCAGCAGGAGCUGGGGGUUCCCGCUGCGAGGCAGAGGCUGGUCUUCACGAACGGGUCGAGCACGCCUCUGAACGACGACUCCAAGCCGAUCAGCUCCUACAACAUUGGGCCGGGCUCCCAGGUGUCUCUGCUGAUCACCCAGCCGUCCACCUUCCAGGUGUUCCUGAAAAACGAGAAGGGGACGAACAGCACCUACGAUGUCACACCCGACGAGACGGUGGAGGGCUUCAGGAAGAGAGUGGAGAAGAGAGAGGGGGUUCCUGCGAACCAGCAGAGGCUGAUCCACGAGGGCCGGGAGAUGCAGUCUGGAAAUCUGUUAUCUGACUACAACGUGAGGGAGCACAGCACCAUCUUCCUGACUCUGCGUCUGAGAGGAGGCUGAGGACGCUGUCAACAUGAAGAACACAUUCCAGUUUUUUUUGUUUUUUUUUUUGUAUUUAAACAAGUGUAAUUUUAAUGUAUUAUGUAGUACAAUAAUAAUAAAAGUCAGUCAUGACAAAUGGCAUGUC